AUGUGGUUGAUUUUAUGGAUCUGUUAUUGUUUGUACUAUCUAUCAUACGCUACCCCAUGGCGUCCUCUGAACCCAAUGCUCGGUGAGCAAAUAGACCUAGUUGGACCGAUAAACCAGAGUUUCGUUCCUAAUUGGAACAUCGAGAACGACGAGACCAGAGGUACGAUCGAUAGUCCCGACUCGAACGAUGCGUUCAAUUCGACGCAGAUCCCCUUCAAUUCAAUCGAUCGUGAUCGUGAACCCUUGGACGAGGUGGAACGCAUCGAGCCCAGACAUUGGCCAGUCAGACCAGAUAUAUUGUACACACGAAGAGCUGUUCCAUCCACUACAGAGAUCUCGUUACCGCGGAAUCCGCUUAAUCCUCCCACUCUUGCUCAAAGAGACCCGUCGACGCAAAGAUACCCCUCCGUGACAGCACCACCACCCACAGCAUCCGUCGAUGAGGUCUUCUGCGACUUUGGAUCAUUUCCGGCGCAGACACUUUGCGAGUGGCAAAAUGGCGACGACGCGUUGGAAUGGACAGCCGGUACCGGCAUGGGCACGAACUGGAUGGGUGGUCCCCCAAGUGACUAUACCACUGGUACCAUGGAGGGAGGGUACGCCUUUCUAGAAACAUCGCAAUUACCAUUGAAAGAUGGCAAACUGAAAAUCUUGGGAGGAUUGUUGCACAGUCCUCAGUUAGGUAGUACAGAGGUAACCGGGACUUGCGUCAUGUUCAAAUAUACCAUGGAUGGCCUGAGCAUCGCUGGUCUAAGGAUUUUGCUUCACAUGGGUACGGACGAAUACUCUAUCAAGAAAGCACAAACCGAGGAGAUCACACCGGAGAACGUGACGAUAUCAACCUGUAAAUCGGUGGAAGUUCCUAACGAGCGUGUUAUUUGGAACGCACAGUAUUACACCCUAGGCGUUUGGCAACAAGCGCAAUUGCUCUAUACUUAUCCUCUGUUGCAUUCGGUGAUCAUCGAGGGGAUUCCUGUAGAUCCUACUGAUCCAGCGCGUCUGUACAGAGGAUACCUAGCUGUGGACGAUAUAGAUUUGCAGCCGGGUGCUUCGUGCGUUGGCUUCUGUAAUUUUGCUAGCGGAUUUUGCGACUGGAGCAACGAUGCAGAGGAUGACUUUGACUGGACGAUUAGUCGGGGUAGUGGAAAUCCAACGACCGGACCAGCAACCGACAGUUCCAGCGAUCGUUCAGCGUCUGGAGGAUACGCCUACAUAGACUCUUCGUUUCCACGUAGACCAGGAGAUAGAGCCAGGCUCCUCAGUACGAGUUUCCCCGCGCCAAGUGCUAAUACACCCAUGUGUAUGCACUUCUGGUUCCAUAUGUUUGGCGCUGGAAUUGGUACCCUGAAGCUCUUUCUGCGUUACUUCCGUAGCAUGGACGCGCCGCUACGAGAGAUUUGGAGCUUAAACGGGAACGCUGGAAACACGUGGUUUGUCGCUCAAAUUACGAUCAGCUCUCUCGAUGACUUUCAACUUGUCUUCGAAGCUUCCGUGGGGAACACAGGAAUGGGAGACAUUGCUAUCGACGACAUCUCUUUCACGCAAGGCUCCUGUCCUGUCUCGCCUCAAGUUGCCGCGCCAACACCGCGUGACUGUACUUUCGAAGUGGACGAAUGUGACUGGAUCAAUUCUCGCGAUCCGGAUCGAGUUGAAUGGGAGAGAGUGUCCAUUCAAGCAUUGAGUCCGAGGAAUCAACGAAAACCGUACAGUAAUGGAUAUACGAUCAACCGAAGAAACGAGCAUUUCCUUGGUCUGGGUCGUCCAAGAGGAGGACCGCGAUCAUCCGGCGGUGGGACAGCGCAACUUGUCAGCCGAGAGAUGAAAGGCACCGACGAGCCACUUUGUGUCACUUUUUGGUACUUCAUGUUCGAAUCAUUCAUCGAUUCAACCGGGCCAAGUUUAGGAGUGCUUCGCGUGUCUAUUCAAACAAGCGGGGAAUCUUCGUCGGAAUCUAGACCAAUCUGGCAGUUGUACAAUAACCAAGGACCAACCUGGAAUUAUGCACAGAUUAAUAUAAACGAGAGGAAAGACUUUAGCGUAGUGUUCGAAGGUACUUGGGGUCCUAAUCGUGCCAGCGGCAGCAUCGGUAUCGACGAUAUUUCAUUUUAUACUGGCAAUUGUACCGUGAAACCGAUUAGUGCAUCGGUAAGAGCAGAGGAUUGUAGCUUUGAGAAAGGAUUGUGCGGCUGGGAAAAUAUUACUUCCUCGGAUAACGAGCGUGCGGUCACCUGGCAGCGCGCAUUUCUUGCUCAUCGUCCAGCACAAUUGUUGGACAAAACCUUCGGUGCGACAGGCGACUUCGUUUUUUUCGACAUUUUUACAACGAAUAAAAAAUCUACCGACGUACGGUUACGAUCACCGGUUAUACAAACGUCACCCGACGAAGAAUCCGUGUGUUUUACGUUUUGGUUUGCCGCUUUCGGAGUCGAGGAAUCCACGACUUUGCAAAUCAUUAAGGCGAAUACCGAAGACGACCAGAACGACGACGAAGGCGCUGGGAAACAGGAACAACCCUUAUGGUCGCUAACAGCGAAAGGAUUUAAUAAUCCAAGACCUGUAUGGACAGCUGCACAAGUGACCAUAGAUGCUCGCGUACCCUAUCAUCUUAUUUUAAGAGGAAGCGCUAGUAAUGGAGGUUUCGCAAUCGAUGAUAUAAAAUUUCAGCCCCAAAGUUGCACAAUUCGACCAAUUGCGGCACAACCCGUCAAUAAUGAAAAUUAAGGUGACAAUACCAAGAGCCACUCCUGUAUUUAAACUAUCAACUCCGUUUACUAAAGGUAUGUUAAUACGAAUGCCCUUUCGUUCCUUUAAUAAUUUAUAUGAAUCUAAACUAAAACCCUCGGUUUCUCCGCUCAAGACAAG